CCACCUGCAAGAUGUCCUCAGGAACCGGUAGUAGCCAAGAGAGUGAUAUCAGAACCCAAUCGUACCUUCCAAGAAACGCGGUUGAUACCCACGUACAUAUCUUUGAUCCAAAGCUAGGGCAAUAUGCUGCUGAGCGAGCCUACACCCCCGAGGAUGCGCCAUUGAAAAAGUUGAUCGCAUUCAACAAAAGCCUCUCCGCAGAUUCUCAUUAUACUAAAUUGGUUCUUGUUCAGCCAUCUCCUUAUAAGUAUGACUGCUCUGUUAUGAUGCAAUGUCUGCGGAUGAUGAGAGAUCGAGACAUUGGAGCGUUCGGUAUUGCAGUAGUGGACCUUGAUACUACUACCGAUGGACAAUUGAAAGAUAUGCAUGCCCUCGGGGUGCGUGGUAUCCGACUGAACUUCCAAGCCGAUGGUAAGGAGGUCAGUACUGAUAAAUUGGUGGCAACUUUGCGCCAAACUGCGGAGCGCAUUCGCUACCUACCUGGCUGGGUGAUUCAGUUAUUUGUUCCGGGAUGGACAUGGGAUUACUUGCAUGAGAUUAUACUUCAUCUUCCAGUCAAGGUCAUCGCAGACCACUUUGGUGGUAUGCUUGGUCCAACUAAGCUUCCUUCGAAUUUGAAGUCAACGCCAACAUCGCAACCCGGUUUCAACUCCCUCUUGUCGCUUGCUAGAAAUUCUCGGGUGCAUGUGAAGAUCUCGGGUUUAUACCGAAUGUCCACCGAUGUCUCGUCCAAUUUCGAAGACCUGCAGCCUCUCGUCCAGAAAUUCGCGCAAGAAAUUCCGGACCAGAUGAUCUGGGGGAGUGACUGGCCACAUACAGGGGAGGGGCAUGACAGAGUGAAUGCUUCCUUGGAAGUCAAAGAGCCUUUUAGAGCGGUUGACAACCUUGCCAUUCUUGAGAGGUUGUAUCAGUGGAUGGGAAGUGAUGUCUACGCAAGAAUGCUUGUGAAGAAUCCAAGCCUUCUGUAUCUUGAUUAGCAAAAUAUAUACAAUAUCCGGGAAAUAUUGGC